UUUCUUAUUUGAUCAUAAACAUAUAUUAAUAAUAUUUUUGAUUUACACAACACUUUUGUUCGUCCUGAUUUUUGAUUUGCAUAAAAUUGCACCACCAAAAUUACCAGCAUAAUAAAUUUAUUUGGCAAUGGAUUAACAAAAGAAAUUAUCAGGCAAUGGAGGCCUUCCCGUAUGCAGAUGUGGAUUCGAGCUUGAGAGCCAUGGCUGGUAAGGCUGAGGGUUUCGGGCGAUCCGCUGUUGGUGGACUCCAUGGAUCAUUGCAUUCUGUCACCACAUUGGCCGAUGACGGACCAGGAUCACUUCGUGAAGCAUGUAGUAAGACAGAGCCACUCUGGAUUGUCUUCGAUGUCUCAGGCGUCAUUCAUCUUUCAUCUGACCUCAGUGUUUCUUCAUUCAAGACAAUAGAUGGUCGAGGCAGCCGUAUAAAGCUGAGGGGCAGAGGCUUAAGACUCCACGAAUGUGAAAACGUAAUUAUAUGCAACCUGGAAUUUGAAGCAGGGAGAGGACGUGAUGUUGAUGGAAUUCAAAUACGACCAAGCUCAAAACAUAUAUGGAUAGACCGAUGUAGCUUGAGUGACUAUGAUGAAGGACUUAUAGAUAUAACUAGACAAAGCACAGAUAUAACUGUUUCAAGAUGCCACUUCAAAAACCAAGACAAGGCGAUGCUUAUUGGAGCAGACCCGUCUCAUUUUGAAGAUAGAUGCAUCAGAGUGACAAUUCACCACUGUUUUUUUGAUGGUACUAGACAAAGACAGCCUCGGGUUCGAUUUGGGAAAGUUCAUCUUUAUAACAACUACACAAGGAACUGGGGAGUAUAUGCUAUUUGUGCUGGUGUAGAAUCGCAGAUAUUCUCUCAAUGCAACAUCUAUGAAGCAGGGGAGAAGAAAAAGGUUUUUGACUAUUACCCAGAACAGGCAGCUGAUAAACCCGAAGCAGAGUCUGGUGUGAUCAGGUCUGAAGGGGACGUGUUCUUAAACGGUGCACUAGGAACAGGAACGCAUGAUACAAUCGUGUUCCAUCCUAGUGAAUAUUAUUCGACUUGGACUUCUGAAGCUGCUGCAUCAUAUUUUCUUAAGGGCAUCCUGCAAACUUGUUCAGGCUACCAAGCGAUGGUCCGGCCAAUAGAUGAUUGUGAUCUGCUUGAUAGUCCGGUUGAUCACUCUAAUGAUCCGGACGAGAAUGCGUUCACAACAACAAACUAAGCGAAAACUCUUUACUUCUAUCAAAUGUAAGCUAGGUUUUAGUUUCAUCAUUCAUGGGGUGUAUUCAUUUUUGAUUUUAAAAGAUUUUUUUCAUUCAUAAAAUCAGAGUAUUCAAUUCAGAUUUUAGAAAAUGUAUCAGAAUUUUUGGAUAUUCAAUUAAUAUUUUAAAUUAUGAUACAAAAUUUUUAAUCC